UCACCCAAAUUUUCACUCAAAUAAUGUUUGCCAAGAAUAUUUAGAAAUCUAUGGCCAAACGCUAGCAUAGAAGUGUCUUGUGGGCAUGCACUUGACUGGCAUUAUAUGAAUUUAGUAAAGGAAAUUAUGGUCUUAUUAGCCUGGAAGAGUCAUAGUGAGAAGAGCAUUGGUAAGUAACAAUCUGCCAAAAAAAUUUAGUUACUUUUUCAUAAAUAAAAAUACAAAUAAUAAUAUUUAAGUUUCCAAUUUAUGUACUACUUUCCAAAACGUGUUCUUUUCCAUAAAUAAAAACUCAAAAUAUUAGUUACCAAAAAAAAAAAAAGCAUUUAAAGUUCCCAAUUUAUAAAGUAUUUUCAAAACGUGUUCUCUUUUCCAUAAAUAGAACUCCAAAUAAUAUUUGAAGUUUCCAAUUUAUGUAGUAUUCCCCUAAAAACGUGUACUUCUCUAAAUUCCCCCCCAAGUAUUUCCUUUUUUAAUAUAGAAACUCACUAAUCCUUUUCCUAAUCAGUUUAGGUUUGAUAGUAAUAUUAUAAAUAAACUUGAAAUGGAGUAAGUCUCCCAUUAGUAAAAAAAAAUAUAUUCGUUUCUUCUUCUCUCAAAAAUUGCAAUAUGUUUCCAACAGAGUUUGUAUGCCAUGACUGCUCCAACAACUCUUUUGUUAGCGUUGAACCAAUUGUUUCUUCUUCUUCUUCUUCUUCUUCGUUACCCUAUUUAACCAUUCACUUUAAUUUCCGUGUACUACACCAAUGUUGGUAUAUAAGACCUAAUGAUCAUGAAUUCGUACACCUAGGUGGAACAUGGGACCCUUCAACCAAGUCGACCCAAAUUAUUAUUCAUCUUUCCGAUAUCAUGUUCUAUGAGAAACUCCAUCACGCUAUAUCACAACUGUUAAUGGACAAGUUUGAAGAUCAACAACACGUUAUAGUUGAAGAAACAAUUCGUAAGUUGCAAGGGAUUGAUAUUACUUCUGAGAUGUCAGAGGUAUGUGUGGACGUGGACUUACAGAUUGAUCACUGUUGCGAUGGUAGAAUUUUGUCAGCAUUGGAAGAAUCAUCGUCCGUGGAUGGAAUGGUACCGGCUAGUGAAUCAUCAAUAGAGUUGCUAGAGCCGAUGGAAGCCGAUGAAAGAAAUAGCAACGAUGAGUGUUUGAUAUGUCUAGAUGAGCUAGGUGAGGAAACUGAUGUACUGCGGUUGCCUUGCUCUCAUAUGUUUCAUGCUGAGUGUAUUACAAAGUGGUUACAAAAUAGCCAUUACUGUCCGCUUUGCCGCUUUGAGAUGCCAACCGAUUAGACGAACACUGCCUAAAAGAUCGAACUAUCUAAAGCCAAGAACAAUUUUGUAGCUAAGUUGAUAUUCUUUCAUGUAUAAUGUAUGCAGUAGUACUACACUGAACCAAAAAAAUGGUGUAUUAUAAAAAUAUUUGUUGGAAUAA